AUGACUGGGGGCUUUUCUGAGACAUAUGCAGCUCUGUGCGAUUACAAUGGCAUUACCUGUAAAGAGGAAGUGCAGUGGGAUGUGGAUACCAUCUAUCAUUCGCAGGAUAACAGGGAGUUUAACCUGUUGGACUUCAGUCACCUGGAAAGCGGGGACCUUGCGGUGAUUGUUGCGGCCAUGGCGUAUAACUCAUGGUUCACCAAACUUUAUUGCAAAGACUUGCGCAUUAGUUCAGAGGUCGUAGAACAGAUUCUGCACACUGUCAGUAAAUCCAGCAGUCUGGAGGAGCUCACGCUGGAAAAUGUGGGCCUUAAAGCAGAUUUCCCACAGAAAAUGGCCACUGCCCUGGCAGAAAACCCAGCAUCAGUCAUACACUCCAUUAACUUGGCCCACAAUACACUGGACAACCAAGGGGUGUCUAACCUUAUCCAGCAGGUGUGUCGGCUCAGUAAAGGCUUGCGUCUACUGAACCUCUCCAAGACGUCGCUCUCUUCAAAGGGUGUCACGUCUCUUUCACAGGCCCUGUGCUCCAGUGAUGACUAUUCCAACUCUCUUCUUCAUCUGGACCUGAGUAAGAACCCAGGGAUUCUGUCUGGAGAAGAUGCAACGAAUCUGUACCUGUUCCUGGCACAGCCGAACUGCCUGGUGCAUUUGGACCUGUCAGGCACUGACUGUACCAUAGAUUCUUUAUUUGGAGCUCUGCUGCGGGGCUGCUGUGCCGAUCUCUCCUACUUGAACCUGUCCAAAAACUCCUUCUCUCACAGGAAAGUGAGAGAGACACUUCCUUCAUUCCGUCAGUUCUUCAGUUCAGCAUUCAGCCUCACUCACAUCAGUCUGGCGUCUAUGAAGAUGCCUCCCGACGUGCUGAGGGCUCUGUUCCUUGGGCUUUCAUCCAAUCCUCACAUCACUGACCUACACCUGGACAUCAGCGGCUGUGAGCUCAGGUCUGCUGGAGCAGGGAUAGUACAGGACCUAUUCCCCAGAGUCUCCUGUAUCAGCACACUGGACAUCUCAGACAACGGGCUGGAUGCUGAUCUCCUCUGUGUCAUUCCUGCCUUCUCCAGACACCCUUCCCUCAAACACCUGCUGCUGGGCAAGAACUUUAACAUCAAGGGCAGGGUUCUGGACGAGGUUCUGCAGAAACUAGUGCAUCUGGUGCAAGAGGAAGAGUGUGUGAGUAUUUCACAAGCACACACACACACCCAACCAGCGGAGUGUACCAAAUUAGUGGGUUUAGUAAUAUCAAAUUGUCAUUGUUUGUUUCUUUCUUGUAGGAGUGUGACGUGGGAUCGGAAUAACACAAGUGCUACGGGUUUCCAAGAUGUGGCUCGAGCCCUAGAACAUAACUUCACUCUGCAGUACAUGCCUAUCCCACUCAGUGAUGUCACACAGGCGUACCGUAGCGCCCCAGAGAGGACAGAACAGGCACUAACCAAGAUCCAGAGGGCUUUGUUAAGGAAUAACCAGACUCAGCGGUUCUCUCAGAAACAGGCUCUUCGGUUGCAUCAGGGCCUGGUUACUAGUACCGCAGAACAGGUGAUGGAGCGUCUAUGUGUGCGUGUGCAGCAGCAGGUGUGUGUGUUGAGAGGAACAGGUGAAGGGGAAGAGCUACAGGCUGCCAGACAGGUCCUCAAGGAGGCCAGGAACUCUCGAGCUCUGUACCCCUCGCUGUGUGAACUGGCCCACGUGCUGUCAGUGGACGGUCCGGUGAGACAGAGGCUGGACUCUCUGGCUGGAGAACUCGCCAAAGCAGCUGAUAAAGAACUACAGGUCAUUGUGGACUCCAUGGUGUCUCUGUGCCGGGAGCUGUGUCCGCUUUCUUGUGCCGCAGCGGAGUGUCUCUCUCCUCCCCUCUCCUCCAUCUCUGAGCGCGUGUCCAUCCCUCGUUCGUCCAUCCGCACCGCUUUGAUGGAGAGAGCAGCUCAGGACAUCAACAGAGCUCUGGAGGAGGUGAAGCUAUCUGUGGUCUCGUAUCUCACAAACUCCAUAGUGGACCAGAUCCUACAGGAGCUUUAUGCCACACACAAAACUCUGCUCCGGCAGGUUUCACAGAUGAGACGGCUAGAAGACGGGGGAACAGCCAGGCGCACACAUAGACAUGCUGACAUACUGGAUGUUGUGGAGGAUGACUUUGGCAUCAGCAUAGACACAAUUGCCAUUAAGAAACGCAGCUCCAGGACCAGACGCAUUCGUCCCGUGUCCAACAGACUCAGUCUAGGUGACGACCCCAACUCUUCACCUUUAGUGUCCACUCCUCAGACAUCUGCUCCCCUUUCACGCUCAGCAUCAUGGGAAGGUCUGUCCACCCUGCCCACACAGGGUUCACCUCUGCGUCAUGUGACCCAUGUCAGACCGCGUCCACCACGAAGACACAGGACUGCACACGCUCCCUUUGAGACACACUGCUCGGAGAAUGGUGGAGUAUCUCUAUUGGAUGAUGGACUGCCUGACUUCUACACCAAGAGAGUUUUACCAGACAGUCAGCUGUCAUCCCACCAUCACGCUCAGGCUCUGAGGAGGAAGAAAAGACGCAGUGUGCUGUCAAUCUUUUCUGGAUUCAGGAAGAACCGCAACUCUACCAUAUCACAUCAGGAGUCAGACCCUACAGGAAGGGGCGGGGCCUGUGGGGAGGAAUGUCGCACUAAUAUUGCCACUGAGAAUGUGUACUCCUUGAUUCAACACCCAAAGGAUCGUGUGAGGUUAGACGUAGGCACUGAGGGCACCAAUGGGAGGCUGGUUGGGUCGGGUGUUCAGAGGACCCCUCAGCUGUCAGGACGGCCUGUUCAUGGUAUACCCCUGCCAGGAAUGAUGGGACUCAGCCCCUCCUGCUUUUCACAGAGACAGUCGCCUGAUUACAGUGAGGUGUUCGGAUCAUCAGAAGAGAUUGGAUACGGAGAGCAUGAGAUGGACCGGCAUUCAGAUAUCGUUGCUAAAGGGCACACGCCAUCUAUAGACAGACAGUCAGAAUCAGGAAGACAGGAAUCACAGUCAGACAGCCAGAAAAAGGCAGAUAGUAUAAUGGACCCUCAGCUGCUGGAAACCAGAAAAAGACCCGAGCCUCCGCCUCAGAGUACGAAGCCGAGCUUAGCUAAGACACGACAAUGCCAUCUGGAGGAGAGCUCUGAUAAAUCUAUUGAAGAUUCUGGAGAACUGAGGGAGAAGGAUGAGGAAAAAGAGGACGGGAGAUGUGGAGAAGACCAAAAACCAGAAGGACAGUCUCCACCUAUCCCUGAAAAGCCAUGUUAUUAUUCACCUCACACGUCUCCCAUUGGCUCCUCACCACAAGACGUGACCAAUGAGAAUCAGCCACCAGCUGCUCCGCCCACCUCAGCUAAGCCUGUGUUUCAUUCUGCUUCAGUAGAUUCUGCUUUGCUUCAAGGUGAUAAAGUCAAAAGCAGCCCUGGAGGCCCCAUGAAACCACAUCGAAAUAGGAAAGCAAACUCAUGUGACACAGGAAUGGAGCAGGAUGCCCGCUGUGAUCUGGAGAGAGCCUCAGAUCGCAAACCCCCUGUGAAAAAACCUAGACUCCCUCCGAAACGAAAUAAGUCCUUGGAUUUCCCCGGUCAUCAGAGUUCGGAGCCAAGCAACGCUGAAGCAUCAUGACAACCAUUUGAGCCAAAGCUCUGUGAAAACAGAGGGUCAUUGUGAUGCUGAGAGGAGAGAGAGGGAGAGAUAUGAUCAGCAGAUGAAUUUGCACCUUGAUGAAUUCAUAAAGACUCUUGCUUUCGGCUCUCAGACAAUUUCAUAGUCAUUUUACACACAUAUUCAGCAUAUUCUUGCUUACUCAAGCGAGUUGUUUUGCUUCCCCUCCUGCUUUUACGUAACCAUCAUUCUUAACCUUCUGCACUUAACUACGAUUCCUUUAUUUCACUCUCUCUCCGUCUCUCUCUCUUUUGACAAUCUUUGACAUAAAGGAACUUUUUGCUAUUUAUCUUUAAAACCAUAGAAUGAUAUUUUGUAAAGUAUAAUAUAUAAACAGAACCAAUAUUUGCACUAAUCAUCGCUUGAAUUCUCAUUCGGUUCGGUGGAUGUACCUCCCCCGCCCCCAUGUCCGACAUUACCCACGUGAAGUUUUGUAGUGUGCGACUAACUUAUUCUUAGCAUUUCCUGUCUACUCGAUCAAUAUCAUUAGCAGUAUUACUGUUGUCUUAAUCAGGCAUUGUUUAUGCAACUGGAUAAAUGUUUAAGAGUUUGCUGGCCCUAAAUGAGCUUUAUUUUCUACUAAAUGUGAUUGAAUGAAUAAAAUCUGAAU